AUGAAGGUCAGAAGAUGCCAGUCUCUGGGUUACUGGGAACCCUGUACUGUAUCUAGAGAGAACAGCACCGAGGUGAAUGAGUUUAGGCUCUUGGGACUGACUGACAGCCCAGGAAUGCAAGUCCCUCUUUUCAUAACAUUCACUUUCAUUUAUCUUGCUACUCUCAUUGGAAAUCUUGGGAUGAUCACGUUGAUUCUGUUGGACUCUCGCCUCCACACUCUCAUGUAUAUUUUCCUCAGUAACCUCUCUCUGGUGGACUGUGCUUACUCCUCGGCUGUUACUCCCAAGGUGAUGGCUGGGUUUCUCACAGGGGAUAAAGUCAUCUCCUAUGGUGGAUGUGUUGCGCAGAUGUUCUUCUUUGUGGCUUUUGCCAGUGUAGACUGUUUCCUGUUAGCUGCCAUGGCUUAUGAUCGGCAUGCUGCGGUAUGUAAACCCUUACAUUAUACCACUUCUAUGACCACGAGCUUGUGUGCUCAAAUGGCAGUAGGCUGCUAUGCCUGGGGCUUUGUUGAAUCUGCUAUCCACACUGGAUUCACCUUCUGCCUCUCCUUUUGCCAUUCCAAAGUGGUCCAUCAUUUUUUCUGUGAUAUCCCCCCAAUUCUGGCUCUCUCCUGCUCUGAUAUCUAUAUAAAUGAGAUUAUUGUACUCUUUAUAUUAGCAGCUUUCAAUGUCUGUUUUGCCCUUAUAGUUAUCUUGACCUCCUAUCUGUUCAUCUUCGUUGCCAUCCUGAGGAUGCGCUCAGCUGAGGGAAGGAAGAAAGCCUUCUCUGCCUGUGCCUCACACUUCACUGCUGACAUCUUCUACGGGACUGUCAUGUUCAUGUACUUACAACCCAAUUCUAGUCAUUCUAUGGACAAUGAUCAAAUGGCAUCUGUGUUCUAUACAAUAAUAGUCCCCAUGUUGAACCCCAUUGUCUAUAGUCUGAGGAAUAAAGAGGCGAAUAAUGCUUUCAGGAAAACCGCUAAGAAACUGAAGAUUCUGUUCAACCCAUAG